GCAUCGUUCCCAGUUUGAACGGGCAGCGUCGACGUUGUGUUGGAAGAAGGUGCACGUGCAAUUAUUGUUGACCAUUUCCAUGGCAACUAAAUCCAGAACAACCAUGUUGGGAUUAUUGAUUUGUGUUCUAUUAUUGGGAUUAACUUCUGGCCAAGUCGGGGAGUUGCCCAAUCCUCUGGGAGUGGCGUCCAUGGGCGGGAACCAGGGUGGUGCAGGUGGACAUGGACAGCAAGGUGGUGGGUUUGGUAGCUUCUUACCAAAGUUUGACCCUUCUUCGAGUCCCGCAGGUUUCAAUUUAGACCCGUCCACCAUAGCAGGUAUCUCCUCGGGGCAGACCAUUUACCUGACAGGGGAUGUAGGUGACCAAGUUCUCUCUGGCGUUCCGCUUAACGUUGUCUCCCCUGAUCAACUAAACCAAGGGCAACAUCAAGGGAAUGAACCUCGGUUUGUGACACAGAAUGAAGAAUUUACCGCCCUUGGACAAAUUGGAAAACAGGUCCGUGUUCUGGACACGUCGCAGUCAGGAGGAGGAUCGUCCACCACAAACGCCCAAGGAAACAACAUGGGCAUGUUACCUCACUUAGGAAGUGGCGCAAUUGACAUGUCAAACAUUCACGGUAGUGGUCCAAUUGAAAUUGUUGGUGUUGCGGAUUUGACCAACGUUGACGCACAAGGGAAUCCAGUAUUUUCCUUCAACCCAGGUUCUGGUCACGCUUCAGAACUUGCAGCGCUUAAUUCGGCCUUACAUGGAACAGCUGUCGAUAUGACAAACUUUCUUCCACCGACGUUCGAAAAAGACCCAGCAUCUGCACAAAAUUCCGGCUUAGGAACGUCAGGUAGAGGGUUUGGUAUUGGUUCGAAUAUUCCAAGCCCACAUGAUAUCAAUCAGCAAUUAGAUAUUAUUCUGAACGAAGGAACUAAUCAAAGUGGCAGUGAUAUGAGCACAAUUAUUGGUGAUAUGAGAAUUGGUAUAGGUUCUGUUAAUAGAAUGGUUGAUUCCUUGGGAAAUUCUGCAAGUAGCUCCAGUCAUAAUUCUUUGGUUGAUAUGGUAAAUCCUUCAUCGCUUUCAUCUCUUACUUCUGGAACAAUAAUCACACAAGAGCAACUUCUUCAAAUGCUUCGGCAGGACAUGAACACAAACCAAAACGUGGUGCACAAUGACCCACCAAUGAUGACAUCAUCACUGGCAUCAGAAAUGGGUGCGGGGUUGGGAAAUGAAUACACGCCAGUCGAUAUGACGAAUUUUCUUCCUCCACUAAAUGCCGGUAUACAUACCGAGCCACCGUCUGUAUCAGUUGACGGAAUGGACGCUUCAGUUGCAACGUCUGUAAAUCAUGGACUUUUCGGUAAUCAACGACAAUCAAAAGUGGUCGAUGGUAUGGAUGCAUCGUCUAAAUCAUCCAUGGACCUUCCUCUAGGUCACCAAACAAGAGCAGCAUCUGUCGAUGGAAUGGACAUGGCAGUACACUCGAACGUAGAUGCUGGACCAUUUGGAUCAGAACAACAAUCGGUAACAUCAGAUGGAGCGGAUAUGAGUCUGAUAUCACAAAGAAACGUUGGUGGUAUUAGUAAUCAUAAAACUGUCACCAAUGUUGAUGGAUCAGAUGGAACUUUUACUGUUACAAAUGACGUUCUUGGCUUGUCAAAAACAAACACUGUAAAUAUUGAUGGAGGUGAUAUAACAGUCAAUACAAACGUUGAAUUAGGGACCCUAGGUUCCGCGGAGCACGAAAUGUCAAUGGAUGGCAGUCAUAUUUCUGGAAUUCCACCUCCCCCAAUGCAGCCUGCAUUCAGUUGGAUGCCUGCAGCGACCACAUCAGCAGGUGCAGUGCAAUCUGCUAGUCAUACAGUAGGAGAUACAUCCACAGGCGGAGUAGCAUUAGACAAUGCUAUUUCAGAUAGCUCUUUUCCAUUUAUUAACGAAACUCCAAUGAGCCCAACAGAGCAAGGUACAUCUUCCAUUAGUAAAUCUGGCGGGGAAGCUACUCCAAAUGUGAUACCAGAUAUCUCUAUGUCAUUCAACGAUAUGCCUUCCACGGGUGCAGUAAACGUUCGAGGACCAACUGUUAGUCAAACCUCAUCUUCUGUUAGCAAUACGGAAAGAGUGGCAUCAGACAAAUCAGAUACCACCAUGUCCUUUCAUAGGGCAUCUCCUAUGAGCACAUCCCUACGAACAGAAUCAUCUAGAAGCCAAUCGUUACAAGAAGGUACAUCUUUUGUCAGCAAGUUAGGCGAAGAACCUACAUACAAUGAAUCAUCGGCCUCAACUAUAUUUAGCGGGCAACCUCAAUUUGGUGGGCAAAACGAUAAAGGACCGAAUGAUAGCCAAACAGUUCGAAGUGAAAUACAUGGAGGGAAUUCAGGUGUAGUAGCAACAUACAUAGUUUCAUCAGAUGCCCCAAUGUCAUUUAAUGGACUAUCUUCGAUGGCUGCAUCAAAUGAAAUUUUAUCCCCUAUUAACCCAAAUGUACGAACUCGUUCAACUAUGGAUGAGUCAAUAAGUAAUGUCGGAUUGAACCAAUCACAACUUGACAGAAACUUUCCAUCAGGAAUUGAUAUACUUGAUGGCCAAACUUCAGCAUUAUCAGGUUCAGAAGCCACUGGAAUGGAUACUUCUGUUGUUCAACCAUCACAAUCACUAUUCAUGAAUGUAAAUUUGCAAACAACAUCGAAUAACGCUUCCCUAGACAACUCAAAUAAUCCAAAGAAUAAUCAGAUGAGACUACUUGGACAACCGGAGACAGGGAAUGUCAACCAAGCGAUCAAUAAUGCUCAAACAAAUGUUGCCAAUCCAGAUGAACCACACGUUAACGACCUCACGGCUGAUGGUAUAUACCCGUUUGAAGGCAGUUUUGACGCUCGUGAUGCGACGUUGGCAGAAGGGAAGCCCGCUAUCAUGGAUAUGACGGCUAUCAUGGAGACUCAAACAAACAUCAAUGACACACUUCAUCUUGAGAAUACAUUCGACCCAACCACUACAUCGAAUGACAUAAGCAAUACCAGUGACGGUGCAGGGCCACCUCUAACAGGAACAAACGGAGGACCAAUUACAAACAUGGUUGGUGCAAAACCUAAAGUUGAGGAAAACACUCCAGUAGGUUCGGAAAUUGGUCUUGUUGCUGUUGGAACAGGUAAAGGUGGAUCUGUUAGUCCAAAUUUAGUACUUCACAAAAAUCCUGCCUUCAAAAGACAAGUUGCCCCAGCUGAUGCUGGCGGUGGCUUUUCCAUAGGUGGGAAUGAAAUAAAUUCUGUACUAAAUAAGAUAUCCUUACCGGACAAGGCGUUUAUCCCGCAAAAGUCGGAUAAUGUUGUUGCUGAUACACCGAAAGUGCAAAAACCUGUUGAUAUGAGUAGUUUCGUCCCACCUGAAAUUGAAAGAUCAGCAGAACCACAAGCAGUAUCACAAUUCCAAUCUGUGAACAAACCUACAUCUGAAGGAGUUGGCCACACAGCAAGUUCGGCCUUUAAAGACUCUUCCUCUCAAAUCAGAGACAGUUCGCAUGUACAGAGCCAGACAAGGAACAUCCCAUCUCGUGCUGUUUCAAAUUUUAACCCCCUCCAAGGUGUUCGGGAUACAAGUUUUCCAAAUUGGGCCGCUGGCCUUCAAAUGACCGAUGGGGGAGCCUCUGUUAGUAACAAGGUUGCAUCAGCUAUUCAACAAAUGAAAGCUGCUAAUUCAGGCCAAUCAAAUGGACAAAAUUCUAUUCGAACAACUGCCUGGAGCAGUUCAGGUUCUGAUUUAACAGGCGGAGUCGCUCUACCGGGCAGUGUGGCUGUAAGAUUACCACAACAAAACCUGGCUAUGGCUGUAACAUUGCCACCACAGACCGAACAGGCUCAGCCAAUUGUAGGAUCCAUAUUCGGCAAUUCUGUCGUCAAAACACCUAAGAAAAUCUCACAGAAGUUUAUUGAAUCCAGUGGUCUGAUGACGGAGCCCGAAGUUGAUUUUAUGACAUCUUUCUUGAAUCCAACUUAUCCGAAUACACCAUCCAGGACGUUUAACCGAGGUCGGCAAAACGUGCAGAUUGUGCCUUUAGGUUCUGAUGUUUCGAAAGUAGAACAAAAUUCAAACAACAUGUUUAUAGUUGGGCGAGGACAAGGCGGACCUUCUGAACCGACAGUUGAUCAGUUUGGUGUUGCAGAUAUUUACAGGCGCAAGCAGCAAUUAAAUUCAAACCAAUGGAAUACGUUUAUGAACUCUAUUUCGGUGGGAGCAACGAACCGCAGGAACUCUCUACCCCCGUACCAAACUCAGAAUGUCAUUGGAACAAGCGAAACACGUCCACUAAAUACAAGAUCAGAUCUCGUAGCAGCCAAUCCCAAACCUGCCUUAGUUGUCGAACCUAAACCUGUUGUCACCAAUAGACGACAGUUAUUUAACACAGGUGUUGGCUCAAAUGCUAUUACCACAUUGUUUGAGGCCCCUGGUAGGACCGGUCACAAAUCUGUUUCAAUUUCAUUGUUUCCUUCUUCACGUUCAAGUAAAGCAACAUCUAAUGCAAAUCGAAAUGCAGUUACUGCCAAGGGAUCACAAUCGGUUUCAAGCAACGUGUUUUCACGGUCUGGAGGAGAACAAAUGGCUACAAGAAAUACGCUAGGCCUUAGGGACGAAACACAAGGUCAAUUCGAUCCGGUGGUGAUGAGUACCUCUGAUGUGCAAAGACAAAUAUUAAACAAGUUUGUAAGCCAACAGCCAACAGCAGCCAAUUCAAAUCAAUUUGCUAAAUCGUUGAAGCAAGGUCUUGAUAGUGGAGCUAAAGGACUUUCUAUUAUGGACGAGGGAUUUCAAGCAACUGGUACAAAUCCAAUUGUAGAACCUAAAAGGCAGUCUUUUGGGUUUAAAACAAACGAACAAGGUUUAAGGAAUACUGGCUCGACAGCAGACCAUUCAGAUUUUAAACUAGGAAAAUCUAUAAUGAUUUCCGAUGGCGUGAUUCCAGAUUUUGUAAUGGAUCCUAGCAAAGGAACGGUUACAGCCACAGACUUGAAAAAUAUGGCGUCAGGUGGUUUCCGACUAGGACAACCAGUUUCGAUGAGAAAGAAUACGGAUAGCACCAUGACUAAUAUAGGAACCAGUUCUAACCUAAAACCGCUCAUUGAAACUAAUAUGAAUUCAAAUACACAAACGAACUUAGCGGACUUAUCUAACCAAGGUGGGGCUUCAACCUCAAUGUCAAAUGCUUUUAACAACUUUCUUACCCAAACACAACAUGGCCAAGGAAAUGUUGUUCCUGGAGGACAAAUGAUUGAACCAACGAAGUUUACAUCUGGCAACCGCCCAGCCGUGUUCGGUCCUGCGAACGGUGAUGAACGAACUGCGUCAAGAGUCAUUGCAAGAAUUAACAAACCUGCAAAGGCUAUGAGAAUGGGUAUUCUUGGGCCAGUUCACGAAUGCCGUUAUAGACCUGACCCGAGCAGCAAAUAUUUCUUUCUUCACAAGGACGGAAAAGUCGAACACAGACUCCGCUGCGCAAUUGGUACUGCGUUUGACGAAAUGACGUGUGAGUGCUCCAUACGGGUGACUGACCACGAUGACUGCCUAGAGGUUCAUAUGGAUUUCAAUAACGGAAUGGUAGAGGACUCGUCAGUAAACAACUUACCUAUCGGGAAUGAGAAUGUGGAGAUUACCAAUAGUUCUAGCCCCUUGGCCGGUAUUGCGUUAUUCGGGGGUGACGGAAAACUUACCAUUUGGCGGUACCAGAACUACGACUUCAGGGAUCACAUCAUGCUGAAGGUACAGUUCAGGCCGGGUCCAGGCGGGGACCGGGUGCAGUCUCUGAUAUCCAACUGCGGGAAAGAUGCUCCCUCCGUGGCCAUCUUGUACGACGGUCAGCUGCAGGAGGUGGUCCUGGUGCUGCAAACGGACAACGACACUCUGAAAGAAUUGAGAUUUGUCAUUAAUCCUAACGAGUGGAAUGACGUAACAUAUAUCUACGACGGUCAGGAGUUUAUCGGUAUCGUUAAUGGCGUACGGCGAUACGUGUCACGCCAGGACCCUCAUCUGCUGGGCAUUAUCGGCGGCGAAAUCAAGUCAGUCAAAACAAAAGGUAUAAUUGAAAUCCGACACGCCCCACUCAUCCUUGGUCAGUGCCCGUUGUUCGGAAACUACAUAGGAGCCAUGGUCGAUAUCCAGGUUUACACAUGCAUCCCGCGAGACUUCCGACUGGAAUAAGGGAUUAUAUUAGUACUAUCAUAUUUUGACACAAAGCUUCAAAUGUCUCAUGUUUAUGUACCACUAUAACAGAUGUCUAUGUAUACCAAACACUGCAGUAUGAUACGCUUGACAUGCCCCCCCCCCAUUUAAAAAAAUAAAAUAAAUAAAUAAUCGAAUACAUGUAUGAUGGUGACGGAUAAGAAGAGAGGUUUCGCGAAGUCCUUUCAAUAUAGGGUGGUAUUCGAUAUUCAAAUUAAUUUAACCUUAUGGGCAUACAUCAUUGACUUCAUUCACAAUGAUGGUCAGUUAUUUAUAACCAGUUGUCCGAUUAGCUACAUCGUUCUUAGAUCCUAUUAAGACUAAUAUUGAAUACCAGCCGAGGGGUGGUAUUCGAUAUCAACUUAUGUCAAUCUUAUCAUUGACUUUAUUCAUUGCAUAGGUCCGUUAUUUAUAUCACCCUAUCCGAUUAGCUACAUCGUUCUUAGAUCCGAUUAAGACCAAUAUUGAAUACCAGCCCUAGCUUUUUGACUCUUCAUUCAAAUAUUGCUCUUACAUUACACUCGCCUCUCCUUACUAAUUGCAUACCAUAGACCGCUAAUUUAAAGCAUUUCAUUUUUUAUUUGAUUGAAUAUAUACAUGCGCUCACAUAUGGGAACGCUAACAAGAAGGAGGAGCUCAGCCACGACAUAAAUACCGUGCUGUUCAACACUUUUAUCGCACUCUAUUUAGUGAACUUUGUCCUCGACGACAUGGUACAUAUAACGCUAUUCGGUGCUACCCGGCCAUUUUUAUCGAAAACAACCUCGGGUGUAUGCCGGUACAUCAGUAGAAGUAGUUCGUAAAAUUUUAAAUGAUAUUAUUAAUGAAAUGUAGUGCUUUAGCUUGUAUUAAGAUUCCCAAGAGUUAAGUCAUUAAGUUAAAUUGCUAAAUUGAAAUUACUACGCGAUCUACUUGCAGUGUAGUUAAAGUGUACCGAUUUCUGACAUUGUAAACCGCCAAUAUGCAUCAGAGGUUGUUUUCGUAGAAAAUGGCCGAGGAGUUCCGAAUGCCACAACCCUUAUGACGCGGUCGUGUAUAAUUUCAAUGACUCGGGUUUUUAUUACCGUAUAUAUUACUAUAUGUUGUAUACUUUAACUGUGUUGUCAUGAGAACAUGAGCGAGUAUCAGUAUUGUAUCUUUAUAUACUGUGCGCUGUCGUAAUGUCAAGUGUAAAUAUUUAAAUAGACUUGUAUUAUAUUAAAUGAUUCUACA